CAUCAAUGCAAGUGUUACCUUUAUUAACUCCUACCAAUUUUACUGCAAAUAACAAAAAGAGAUCACGAUCAAGUACCGACGAAGAUGAUGACUUUGAAUGUCAUUAUUUGAAAAAAAGACUAAUUUCAACAAUAAGUGACAUUACAUCCAUCAUAGACAACAAUGAAGAUAGGAUAGAACAGGAUGAAGAGUCUUUUUCUCCAGCAACAAAAGAAAAGAAUGAUUUUAAUAACUCACGCAUACAAUCCAUUGAUGUGAAUGGUACAUUAUUACCUAUGGAACAAAGACCUGGAGAAGUAAAAUAUUCUAUUCCGGAUUUCAUCCUGAAUAAACAAUGCACUUUUUACAAUAAUAAUAAUAAAAGUAACUUGGGUGAGUUAACCUUGUAUAAUAAAGGAAGGCAAUCAUGGUCUUCUAUAGAAGAAGAAGAGAAGUAUAAUAGUCAAGCUCAACCAAUGGAAAUCGAUUAAUUUAUUACUGCAGUAUUAUUUACAUUCUUUAAUAUGUCUAUACCAUAAUACCCAUCUAUCCAGCACCCCCUUUUUUUUUACUUUGUCUACCUCAAAAAAAAAAAAAGAACUAAAAACCUUCUCCCUCUCUCUCUCUC